UCUCCUGGCGCGUUGCAAACGCAGUCGGCACUUCACUCUUAUUUUUAUGAUGAAUUUAAAUAGCUACGAUUGUAUAUCGCAACUUCAGAUAUCAUCUCGAAAGUGGAGGAAAUAAAGUGGCAAAUGCAACAGGAGUUGAUCAAGUCGUAAUUGUGCAUGCUGGACUAAAAUCUCAGCAAUGUCGCUACUGUGCGUGCGAGUGAAAAAGGCUAAGCUACAAGGACCUCCAGACAAGUUUAAUGUGUACGUCACGUUGAAGGUCCAGAAUGUUAAAAGCACAACCAUCACGGUGCGAGGAGACCAGCCUUGCUGGGAACAGGACUUUAUGUUUGAGAUUAAUCGACUGGACCUGGGUCUGGUUGUGGAGGUGUGGAGUAAGGGACUCAUCUGGGACACUUUAAUAGGAACAGCAUGGAUCCCACUUAACACCAUCCGCCAAUCAGAUGAGGAGGGGCCUGGAGAAUGGACCUCACUGGAUUCUGAGGUUCUGAUGAAGGAAGAUGAGAUAUAUGGCACUAAAAACCCCACUCCUCACCAAGUGCUGCUGGACACACGCUUUGAGCUCCCUUUUGAUAUCCCAGACGAUGAGGCCCAGUACUGGACUAGAAAGCUGGAACGCAUCAACUCUAUGAGGAUACAUGAUGAGUGUUCACUGCAAGAUGAAGCACAGAGAAGACAGCUGCCACCCGUGCCUUCCCAGUGCUAUUUUGAUGACCAUGACAUCACUGUGGAUGACAGGGACAGUGAUUACCGCAGUGAGACAAACAGCAGGCCUCCACGAUACCACACCACAGCUCAACCCAAUUCCUCAGUACAUCAGUACCCUAUUGGCCGAAGAUUACAGAAUCAGGCAUUGUCAAAAGAGUCUAGAAAAGACUCUAUCCAGAGCUAUGACUUGGAUUUUAGAGAAGGACAGGAACAGAGGUAUGUUUGA